GAAUGAAUUUUUAAUGUCGUCUCACUGGGAGACUCAUCGAUUUCUAAUAAUUUAAAUUUGCUUCAUUUGGUUUAUUUUACCAUUUUUAUUAUUUAGUAAUAUUAAUUUUAUUGAAAAUGUUGUGUCGCGUCGUUUGUUACGUUUUUAAAAAUUAAAUCUAUGAUUGUGGUCUUAUCAAGAUAGUCGGGAAAGUAAAUACAGAAAACAAGUUAUCGUAAAACCUUAGAUGCCCUACGUUAUAAAGUCGACUAAUUAAAUUUGUUGGGUGCAAGAAUACCAUCAUUGCAGUAUUUAUACCAAUAUUUAACGUUUACUCCAAAUUUCCGUAACGACUUUAAUAUCUGUGUCGACGGCGCCAUGUUGUUAUUUACUCUUUGAUUUUACGCUGGUUUUGUUAUGGGUUUUGUUGUGUUGUGAAAACAUCAGUGCGUGAGCAUGUUGGAAGAUGUCCCAAUACACGGUAGUCGCCUGGAUGCAAGUAAUAAACCCCCAACGCAUCAAAGAAACCUCAGUUUGGACUUUCGGCAUGUGACGGGCGCGAGUGGGCCGCCGGCAGGAUGCGGCCAUCAGAGGAACAGGUCUCUGGAUUCCGUUCUACAACGGAUACCAGAGGACAUGACACCCACGUCGCCGGAGGGGCCCGCCCGCUUUCAGGGGGACAUGGGCCGUAUUGCACCCCGUCUCGCCCUCCCGCCUGAAAUUCCCGCCGGAUCCGAUGACUCAGGCAUUCACACACCCCCCGAUGGCAACGAUGAAGAAAGACCGACCCCCGCUGCGGCCAGAUCGCGAGAAAGCCUCGAUUCCGGCAAUCCAGAAGACACAGAUAAACCACCCGAUCCACCUGAUACAGCCGUCGAGGCUCCGGCAACCGUGUCCGCAAUCGACACGGCCAACCACAAAGACUUUCUCCUGCGGCUAUUCGAAAGUAAACUCUUCGACAUGAGUAUGGCGAUAUCAUAUCUCUUUAACUCGAAAGAGCCGGGUGUGCAAACCUACCUAGCCAACAAACUGUUUUCCUUCCCUCACGAAGACGUCGACUUCUAUCUACCGCAACUAGCGACAAUGUACAUAGAGUUAGGGGAGGUCGCUGAACUACUGCGACCGUAUUUAGUGCAUCGGUGUAAACAAAGUGCUGACUUUUCACUUCGGCUUGCGUGGCUGUUGACCGCUUUCGGAGGUGACGUCAAGAGGUCUAGAGCGACGAAGCUAAGGGAUUCGAUACUAGCUGAGGAGAUACGGCCGGCUGCGAGGAGAGGCCACCAUAGAUCGCAAUCGGAUGCUUCAGCGUUGAGACUAGCAACACCAUCUGGGAGACAUUUAGGGGAUUUGGCGUCUGGCCGGGCGUUCGAUAACGGAUGUCUUUGCGGGGAACAAUGUUCCUGUGGAGCGCCACGACUAACGCCACAGACACAGUUCCUGACGGCCCUUACAAACAUAGGUCGUCGUCUCGCAAGCGUAGCAGACAAAGAGAGAAGGAAUGGCCGACUUCGCGCUGAACUGGCCACUCUCGACCUUAACCUACCGGCCCGAGUUUGGCUGCCACUGCAUAAGAAGCCACACUGCGUGCUUAGGAUACCGCCUCAUGCUGCAGCAGUGCUUAAUAGCAAGGACAAGGCACCCUACAUAAUGUACGUAGAAGUACUCGAGACGGAAGGGCACGAGCCAUUGCCCCCUCGCCUUUUACCACCCGCGCCACCUGCCCCCCACUCGCCACCAAUACGUCACACGAAAAGCGAAGAGAACUUAGUGCCAGAGUGGCCAGUGCUUUCGAUGUACUCGGCGAUGGAUGACGUUGAUAAUAGCGAUUGCUGGAGCCAUGAUGAUGACGAACUAAGCACGCAGUAUCAUACGAGAGCACCGGCGCCUGAUUGUGUUUCCCAGCUGUCAGUGUUAUCAGUGACGUCCAUACAGUCGACCUCCUCAUGCGGAUCUCGUGAGUCAAUGGCCGUGGGUGCUGGUGAUGUGAGGCGUCGUUUGGCUGACGCGACUGCCGCUGCUCCGCCGAAUACCUUCAAACAUGACCCUGCUGAUCCGUCAGCUGUGGCCCUUAAGGAAUCUUGGGAGAGCAAAUUGGCUAGAAUGCGAUCUUCGUCUCCAUACGGCUACUUGGCUGGAUGGAGGCUUCUUGGAUGCAUUGUUAAGGUGGGUGACGACUUACGUCAAGAGAUGUUGGCGGCGCAGCUCUUACGCCGACUUCAAGCCGUGUGGGAUCUCGAGAGAGUCCCGUUGACGUUACGGCCCUAUGAAAUCAUUUGCCUCGAUAAGGAGUCUGGACUCAUACAGCCGGUACUGAACUCGGUAUCGCUACACCAGAUAAAAAAGCAAUCGGGGAAGACGCUUCGGGCUUGGCUAGAGCUGGAGCACGGUCCCGGGACCAGCGAAGGAUUCCUCCGAGCGCAAAGGAACUUCGUGCACUCGGCCGCUGCCUACGCCCUCACCAGCUACCUUCUGCAGCUUAAGGACAGACAUAAUGGCAACAUUUUACUGGACAGCGCUGGACACAUAAUCCACAUUGAUUUUGGCUUUAUAUUCUCCAUCUCACCGAAAAAUUUGGGAUUCGAGAGUUCGCCAUUUAAGCUGACACCAGAAUUCGUCGAAGUAAUGGACGGCGAGAAUUCAGAUAUGUUCGCGUAUUUCAAGAUUCUGAUUCUGCGUGGAUUAAUUGCGGCGAGGAAGCAUUGCGACCAGAUAUUGCAUCUUGUCGACACCAUGAGAAUGAGUGGUCAGUUAGCCUGUCUUCGCAGCAGCAGCUCCGUGUCGAACUUCCGUUCCCGAUUCCACGUGGGUCGAACGGAGCCCCAACUUCGACAACUCGUCGAUCGACUCGUGAGUGACGCACUCAACUCGCUCUCGACUCGUCUUUACGACAACUACCAGUACUACACCAAUGGGAUACUUUAGUAUUGAUUCGUUAAACAUGCGAUCGUUGUGUACGUGCGUAUACGUUUUAUACGCGUAUACGUAAGGGUACGUUAUGUCCACGUAUACGUACAUAUUUAAGACGAUUCGUAGAUAUGAAUAGCGAUCGUGGUGUACGUAUACGUUAUAUCUAGUAUACGUACAAGUGCGUCAUGUUGACGUAUACGUACGUAUUUAGUAUGAAUAGCAAUUUUGAAUCGCGGUCGUUGUGUGCGCGUACGUAAUGACGUGCGCUAAUGUUUUUCUCCAGAUAACGACUAUGAUAGGUAAUUUGAAUGUUUAAAUUGUUUGGAUGUCAUAAUUUGUUUAGAAAUCUAAAUU